GUACUACAAACGUAGCCAACGGUCAUAUGGACAUUCCCAUCUUUAGAACCGAAGAAGGCAGAUACCUGGCACAGUCUCUCGGCGAUCCUUUGAUCAAAGGUCUGACCGAAGUGGCUAACGUAAAACCCAAGGAUCCAGUCGCGUUCCUCGCGAGUUUUCUUCAAAACUUUCCUGAAAACGAGAAGCCAAGUGUAGGUACUGAGGAGACCAACAUGAUCGUCACUGAAGAAACCGGAGAGGUGGAAAACGAGCAACUACCACAGGUAACAACAACCGCAACUACGACAGAAACAGCUGUGAUGCCGCUAAACGGGAACAGGAGUGGGGCUCGCACCACCACUCGCUCGCACCGGCCCAUCGACGUCGUGACCGUCGACCCUCAACCAGUAAUCAGUCCAGACGCACCGGAGACAGCGUUUAGCAGCGCAAACCGGGACGAGCAUGGUCAGUCGAUGCUGCACUUCGCAGCGGCAAGAACCCAUGCGCGCAACGCCUUAUUCCAACUGCUGCAAGAAUCAGAGAUCAGCUUAGCAUACAGAGACGAGCUGUAUAGAACUGCACGCGAUGUCUCCAUUCAGGCGAAUGUACCAGAAAAUACCGCUGAAAUUGACAAAUGGAUACUCCAUUUGGCGGCGACAGGAAAUACGGAGAAAAUGAUGAGUCUACUGCUCGAGGGUUACGAUCAUAUACUAGAUGUAGUGGACGAGGACGGUUUGGCGGUAACAGAAGUGGUCGCACAGCGCGGCGAGACUGAGAUGAGUAAACUGCUUGCAUCAAUACCCACUUUUGAAGAAUCACGGGAUAACCUCCACUCUGCAGUGAGACGGGGCGACUUACCGGCUGUCCAGGAAAUUGUAUCGGCUGAAGGUGGUCGUACCUUGGCUCGGAGUCAGAACUCGUUCGGGAGAUCUGCGCUCCACAUUGCAGUUCUGGCGCAGCAUGAAGACGUGGUCGCGUACUUAGCACAAACCUGCCCGGAGUUACUGAGAGUUGGGGAUAAUUUGGAGCGCACACCGUUACACUACGCGAUGGGAGUGGAGAAGAUAGAAUCAUUAAGUAGGAUUUUAAUCCGAUCAGGAGCGAAACGGGUUCUCAAAGAUCUCAAAGGGCGACAGCCUUCGUAUUACUUCAUGAACAAAUCGGACAUACUAAGGCUAAAGGAAGAAGAAGAAGUGUAUUGAACAAUAGACGUAAAUUUCAACGGCGCGGAGUAUUGAUAAUGGGCAAAUAUGGCUGUGGCAUGUAUACGAAAUGUUUAUAAAAAGGCACUCAGAACGCAGUGUAGGUUGGACGCUUUUUAUUAUGCACGUUUUGCAAUUUGCAAUUUUUUUCCUUUAAUUGUCAUAGAUCGCGUGCCGAACGUAGACUUAAAGUUUUCUAGAUGUAAUUUAUACUUUCCGGGACCCUGAUACACUUAAAUUAAAAUCUGUAUUUCAAAUGUAAACAA